CAUUAUUUUUAUUAGGUAGAUACGUUGUUGUGAUAUAACUAUCACUUGGCCAAUCGGGGAAGAGAAUGAGUGUGAAUCAAUGGCCCAUAGUGCGAAAGGAAAAAAUAAACUACUGUAUAUAGGAUAACAGGGAGACCACAUGUUGACAAUUUUCAGGUUCCUUGUUCUUUGCAGGGCUUGAUUUUGCUUUUGGUUUAGAGAGAGAAACAGCUUUUGGAGAGAGAGAGAGAAAGAGAUAUCUUUAAUCCUAUCUGGGAUCUCUCUAUUUUACUUGUUUUGAUUGAUCCGGGACACCGAUGGGUUUUUGUUUGGUAUUAAGGUUGUUCUCUUCAAUGUAUGCAGUGCAAAGAUUUCAGCUUUCUGGUUGUGGGGGCCUUUGGCGCUGCCCUUCUUGACUGUAGAGAGGGAUCUGGCUUCUUCUUUGUUCUAAAUUCUGCUGUUUUUGAAAGGAUUUAGGGGAAGAAUUGGGUUAUAAAGAUUGCUGGGAUGGGGACUAAGAUACAAUGUAAGACGGUUUUACCGGCAUUCUAUUCUGUGAAGGAUCUAAAUGGCAGUGUGAGUAAUGGGAUGUGUUUACUGAGUCAUGAUGAACGAACGCUGAAAAUUGGUCAGCACUAUGACUCAUUCUCACCGCGGUUUCCAAUGGAUGGUUAUUUUGAAUACGAGAAGGAAAAAGUGAGGCAGACGAUCUUGAAGCAUGAAUUGACGUUUAGGCAUCAGCUCCAAGAACUGCACCGCCUUUACAUCAGACAGAGGGACCUGAUGAACGAUUUGAAAAUGAGAGAACUGCACAAGAAUCCUAAGGAGGUGGAUUUGAGUCGCUGUUUGUCUCUCACUCCUCCCGAUGAAGUGAAAAGAGCUUGGCAUGCUGCUAAUUUCCCUUUGUCAAAUUCCGCUACUGCUCAAGUGUCCUCGUCAGACACUCAUUACACUCAGUCCCUAUUCGAAUGUAAAAGAGCUGUGGAUAGGACCGGCCUUUUCUCCACCCAAGGCAAAGAAAUUUCGAGGGUUGGCAAUGAAGACAAACAGGGUGCCAAUUGUUUGAAGAGGACCAAUUGUCUUGCUGACUUGAAUGAACCUAUACUGAUUGAGGAUACCCCAAACUUGGACUCAGAUGCCAAUCCUCGCGGAAUCAUUUCCCUUGUAGAUGAUGAUGAAAUUCAAAAAACGAAGAAAAUCCAUGAAAAUUCUUUCAUGGAAAGGAAUGGUGGAAAUUGCCUCAAGCAGUCGGUUCAGGGAGGGAAUAGACCCGAGAGGUUGACUUUUGACAUAAAUGCCGAUGCUCAAUCUGAUGAUUUGCUUACCGCUUUUCCAUCUUCACAAGCUGGCCCGAGUGAAGCUUGUGAGCCUUUGACUACAUUCCCUAAUCACCCCAAGACAGAACUCCAGAAGAAAAAAACAAUUUUUGGCAUAGUAAUAUCUGAGGAUAAUAGAGAACAGUUUUUCACCGCUUCCAGUGGGAAUAUUAAUUCACUGAAGCAAAGCCUAGACUUUAAUGGAGGUAAAAUACACAUGAAUGGUAAUAUUAGUUCAGUUUCAAGCUCAAAAGAAACGGCUUCAUGCAAAAAUGGUGCUUCCAACAGUUCAGAUUUGAGUGCCCGAAAGGUACAGGGGUGUUCAUUACUUAGAUUUGACGCUGUUAAUGGCAUGAGUUAUGGUGAUUUAGCGCCUAAAGAUAAUCAAAAUUAUCAGACUCCAAUGAAAUAUAAUGGUUUGAGUGACAUGGAUUGCAAGUCUGCAACAGCGGUGAAGGUUGAUGCUGAAACUCGGAUGGCCUCUCAAUAUCCAAUGGUUCAUCAGCAAAAUAUGACGUCUUCACAUGGCCAAACCAAGCAAGAAAGCUCCAAGGGGUCGUUGCCAUGGUUCAUAGCGAAGUCGCAGCAUAAUCUUCAGCAGAUCAGUCGGGGGGAGAACUGCUAUCACAUGAAUCUUGAUUUAUUGCAGAAUUGUUCUCAGCAGUUUUUUAAGAAGUCUGAAACGGAUGAGAGUUUCUCUCGGGGUUUGAAUCAGAAACAAGAAGACAGGCGAUCAACAUCCAUCAAUGCUUGUGAGCCGAGCAAGGCUGCUGAUAAUGUUAAGAAGAUCUUCGGGGUUCAGAUUUUUAGUUCUUCUCGAAACCUAAAGACUGCAGAUUCUAUCUCCGAAGGAGAUAAUUCCAAUAAAGUCUUUGCAGACGAGGAAACGCCUAGAAAUCCGCCUGAAGGUAUCGAUUCUGUUACAGAUAAGGGGCUCGCCAACUGUUGCUCGGGUUUAAAAAAUCAGAUUGAUCUUAACCUGUCUCUAGAUGAAGAAGAGGAGCCACCGGCACCUUGUCUCCCUCGAGCAGUUGUGAAAAUCGCGACUGUUGAAAUAGACUUGGAGGCUCCAGCAACUCUUGAACCCGAAGAAGAAAUCAGCAGUGUUGAGUUGAUAGUUGAGAAAUCUAGGCAACCUCUUGAAGAAGUCACGAGGGAAGCUGCUGAGGCUAUAGUCUCCAUCUCAUCGUCGGGUGCUAACAAUGUGCUCAACGAAGCUGCAUCUAGCGAUUGCCUUAAAUGGUUUGCGGACUUGAUUUAUUCUCGAGUUAAUGAUGGUCAUGAGCGCAAUAUCAUGGAUGCCUCGUCGGGAAAAGGUGAACCCGUUGAAGAAUCCUUCUCGGAUGGUAUGGAUUAUUUCGAGGCUAUGACACUCGAGUUGAGAGACAUGAAGGAAGAAGGCAGCUGUUACGAGCCAUCGAUUUUGGAAAUCAACUUUGACGAGGAAGAAUCAGGAGCUGCCACACCAAAACGCCCUCGGAGAGGGCAGGCAAGGCGAGGCAGGCAGAGAAGAGACUUCCAAAGGGACGUUCUUCCGAGUCUGGUCUCCCUUUCUAGGCAUGAGGUGAGCGAGGAUAUUCUGACAUUCGAAGAGCUACUGAAAACCACAGGUUCCUCUUGGCAAUCAAGAAUGUCACAGCGAAAAGCCGCCAAGAAUGGUAGGGGAAGGCGGCGAUGUGGAAGCUCGACUCCCUCGCUCAUCAAAACCGCAACCUGCCAACCACCACCACCCCCAACAAACCAGCCCGUCGUUGUCUGCACUGAAACCAACGUCGAAAAGAAAAGUCUAACGGGAUGGGGAAAGCGAACGAGGCGGCUCCCGAGGCAGAGAUGUCAAAACAGUAAUCCUGCUCCUCCGAAACAAUGCUAAUCCCAUCACUGAUAGAGGAUGAAUGCUUGUUGCUACUUUGUCAGAGUUUUGUAUGCCAUGGAAGUUGAUUGCUGUAUAUUUUUCUGGCUGCAUACAUGUUUUGCAUCAUAUACACAUAUUACUUCUCUGAUUGAACCUGUAACAUUCUUCAGUAACUGUGCCAUCCUUCUUUAAACAGCUGUUAAUACAAUUGAGAAGAAGGAUGGCCUUUAGUGUCAGACAUCUCUCUAUUUAUUCAACUCUCAUGGUCUCCAAGUUUUCUUCAUUCCACACAAUUUGCAAUA